AUGCAUUGGGAUGAAGGCAAGUCUAUGGACCCACAGCAUACCAUACACAAUGCAGUUUCUAACAUCAUCUGUUCUAUCGUGUUUGGAGAGCGCUUCGAAUACGAUAACAAACGCUUCUCAUACCUUCUGAAAAUCCUGAAUAAUCACUUCAUGCUCACAGGGUCAGCUGCGGGACAGAUAUUCAACUUAGCCCCCUUCAUCAAGCAUUUCCCUGGACCACACCAGAAGGUCAUGCAGAACUUCACUGAGUUAUUGAGUUUCAUCCGGGACGAAAUAAAAGAACACAAGGAAACUCUGGAUCCAGACAGCCCUCGAGACUUCAUUGAUGCCUACCUGCUGGAGAUCGAGAAACAAAAGUCUAAUGAGGGCUCCACGUUUCAUGAGGAGAACAUGGUUAUGUCAGUACUUGACCUGUUUCUGGCCGGAACCGACACCACAUCGACCACCAUCAGAUGGGGGCUCAUCUACUUGAUUCAAAACCCAGAUGUACAAGAGCGAUGUCAUGAGGAGAUUGUUCGAGUGCUGGGUUACGACCGUUUGCCCACGGCCAUUUUCAGUGAUAAGGAGCACUGGAAGCAUCCAGACGCCUUUAACCCGGAGAAUUUCUUGGAUGAAAAUGGGAACUUCUUCAAACCAGAGUCUUUCAUCGCCUUUUCACUGGGUCCGAGGGUCUGUCUCGGGGAGACUCUGGCGAGGACGGAGCUCUUCUUGUACAUCACGUCUCUCCUACAGCAGAUUCAAUUCUCCUG